AAUAUCCCCUCCUGCUCUCUCUCAUCAUCAACGUAGACCAAACCAACUCCUCUGAAUCAACAUGCGAGCUGUUGUGCUUCUCCUGCUUGUGGCUGUAGCCAGUGCCAAAGUGUUCGAGAGAUGUGACCUGGCAAGGAAACUGAAGUCUGCCGGAAUAGGUGGCAGCCUCUCUGACUGGGUCUGCUUAGCCAAAUGGGAGUCUGACUACAACACUCAGGCAAUCAAUCGUCACAAUCAAGACGGCUCCACUGACUAUGGCAUCUUCCAGAUCAACAACCACUAUUGGUGCAAUGACCCCAAAUUUAGAGGGUCAAAUGGCUGUGGGGUCUCCUGCUCAGCCCUACUUUCUGAUAAUAUCCAGGCAUCUAUCAAUUGUGCCAAGAUCAUAGCCAGAGACCAGGGAAUGAGUGCCUGGGUGGCCUGGAGGAACCACUGCCAGGGAGACACAAGCAGCUACAUUAGAGGCUGUGGGGUUUAAUGAGUGCUAGAUAACAUUGCUUAUGAUGAUCUCAUGCCCAUUGAACUUAAUAAAGUAUGCUAUGUGCAACCACCUCA